ACAUGUUCAAAUAGAAGGUCUAGUAAAACAUCUAACAGGUGAUCAUUCUUUAUGUUGGGAUGAGGUUUGUUGGUUAAAAAAUAACCCUGAUUUAGAAUUGCAAGAACCAACCUUAAUUACAUAUUCUCAAAUCUUUCAGAAUUUUGGAAAUCUUUUUGCACUUGACACUCACUUGCAGUUUUACACACAUAACAAUGGUGUUUUGGAAAUGAUGAAUUCAGAUUUAGUUCCUUGUGGUCAAAAAUCACAAGAGGAAAUGUCUGUCAGGGAAUAUUGCCCUUUUUUUGCUCAUUUGAUUUAUAAUUUUGGAGCCAUUGUCAAAUGUAUGGGUUGCUAUUCUUUCUCUAAAAGUUUCCUCACAAAUGGUUUUGUAGGAAGCAUCCCAAAUAAAGGGCAAUUGGAAAGUGUUGAAUCAUUUGCUUCUGGAAAUGAUACAUUUGUACUAUUGCCAACAGGUGGAGGAAAGACAUUUUGUUAUGUAGCUUCAGCAUUGAUUUCUAAUGGCAUUACUGUGGUAUUUAGUCCAUUGAAGGCAUUAAUUCAAGAUCAAAUG